UGUGUUCUGACUUGACUGAUUUUUUGUCACUACUGGAGAACAAAGUUCAGUGAGAAUCUUUUUUACCUGUUUACCUGUUGACCUUUUAUAUUUUCAUUUCCGGUUCCCAGAGUAGAGUUUAAAAUCUGUUUAAUGUAACAAGAACUUUGCUACGAACUGAAACAUGGACAUGACUCUCAGGCUGAUCCUACAAAUAUCUUGAUAGCAAAAUAAUGAAUGCUACUGAGGAUCCUGUUUAAAGAAAUACAUCUUAUUUUGGAAUAUGUGCUCAGCUUUAACAUGAACAUUUAAUGAGGGUUCCCGAAGUGUACAGGCUGUGUAAUUACAAGAAAAAUGAUCAGAUUACACCUCUUGUUGUUCUUUUCAUUAUCAUACUUAGUUAGUAUACUUAGUUGUAUGAUUUUAAAAGCAUUCAAUAUAAUUACAAGAGUUUUUAUGUUCUGAUCUUGAUCUAUGAUCUGGCUGAAGUGAGGACUUCCAUCUCGUGGUGUUGUUGUUGAGUGGCUUUGUGCAGGAUUAUCCAUUCAAAUCUGCCUCAGGUGAAAGCUGUAAUGAAGCCCAUAGUUUUAGCGCCAAUAUCAGAUCUUUCAAGACAUGAACGCGUCAUCUGCCAAUGUGACCGUGGUUCUACAGGAUCGAGAGUCCUUCUCUAAAGCUGUGACCAAGAAUGUGAUUGUUGUGGUUCUCGGGAUCUCCAUCAACUACAUCAAUGUAGGCCUCAUUCACACCUUCUGCAAAUACCAGAUCUUCUACACGAAUCCUCGGUAUAUCCUUUUCAUUCACCUGGUGGUCAACGACAUGAUCCAAGUGACGUUGACCAUCAUCCUGUUCAUCAUCAGCUACACCAUCUACAAAAUAAAUGUCUCUGUCUGUUGCGUCUUCAUCCUGAUUGCUCUUUUCACCACUGAGAACACCCCUCUGAACCUGGCCUGCAUGGCGGUGGAGUGUUACAUCGCCAUCUGCAUCCCCCUUCGCCACAUGCAGAUCUGCACCGUCAAGAGAACAUUAAUGCUGAUCGGUUUAAUCUGGGUGACUAGUAUGUUGUCUGUUCUUCCUGAUCUGUUCAUCACCUUGGCCACACAGCCACUGGACUUCUUUCAUUCACGAGUGGUGUGCCUCAGACAAACUGUCUUCCCAAACCCCCACAUUAUCAAGAAGAGGGAUAUUACCUAUAUUGUGUAUCUGGUUAUAGUUUGGAUCGUUAUCUUUUACACUUACUUCAAGAUCCUGUUCACUGCAAAAUCAGCUAGCAAAGAUGGUAAAAAAGCCAGAAACACAAUCCUCCUCCAUGGUUUUCAGCUGCUGCUGUGUAUGGCAACAUAUGUAGCCCCCCAGUUAUUAGAUGUUGUGCAGAAAUGGUUCCCUAAGAAUUAUUUAGACUCCUUCUUUGCUUACUACAUUAUAGUACAGGUCCUGCCACGAUCCAUUAGCCCAAUCAUCUAUGGCAUACGAGACAAUACUUUCAGGAGGUACCUGAAAAGGCAUCUGUUGUGUAAAGUCAGCACACAGUAACCAACCAACCAUAGCCUAUAAUUAGGUCUUUAAUGCUAAAACUGCAGGUUUCCUGUUAAACAUUUGUGUAAAUCCAAACUCGUAAAUGUAAUGUGCCUAAUGCAUUCACAUUCAGAAGCUGUAUGUAAAAUGAUUCAGUGUUUCCAGAACUGUUGUAGGAGACACAAAUUAUAGUAACUACAGGUUUGGUCAAAUAACAACUCAACUCAAACAACCAACAACCAAUGUAAAUGACAUGUUAAAAUAAAUUAAAUAUCCCAAUAGCUGGUGUUCUAAAUAACAUAAUAUUGGCUGUGGCUUGAUGCAUAUGAAUCUCACUUGUGAAAUGAGGUGUGUGAUAACUUUAGUAUCACUGCUGCACCUGUGACACACUCAGCUCAACACAUCAGAGAAAUCUUCAAGUUACGUAGCCAUUUUUGCAACUACAGUUCAAUUGAGGCAACUGUUCUGUGGGAUUCAUUCUUUUUUAAGAACAGUAGUUCUUAAAUUUUAAAAACUCUGUGGACAGCAGGGGGAAUAAAACAGAUUUUGUUCUGAUGUAUGUUUUGUAAUAUA